CCGCCGGGCUCCGAGGUGACAGCGGGCGACAGCGGCGCUUGUCCCGGCCGCUCGCCCCGGCCUGUCGGGGGGUGCUGGCACCCCGCGCCCCGCAGCAGCCAUGGGGGGCUGCUCCCGCAGCAUCUGGAUUUUGCCCCUUUUCUUGGCUGGGCUCGUCCAGCUGGGGCGAAAUGAGGAGAAGGAGAAGGUGGACUGCUACCAGUCGGUGAACGACACAAUCUACAACUACGGGGCCCUGACCAUCGAUGGGGACGAGUAUAUCCCCUUCGAGAGGUACAAGGGGAAGACAGUGCUCUUCGUCAACGUAGCCACAUACUGAGGCCUGACACUGCAGUAUGUUGAUGCUAAGUGCAGGUGUGGAGAUGUGCCCAGCCUUCUGCUAACCCCCUUCCGGCUCUCCUUGCAUGCAGAACUGAAUGCACUACAAGAUGAGCUGAGAAACCAGGGGCUUGUGGUCCUCGGCUUCCCCUCCAACCAAUUUGGGAAGCAGGAACCUGGCCAGAACUCGGAGAUCCUCCCUGCACUUAAGUACGUCCGGCCAGGAGGUGGCUUUGUUCCCAACUUCCAGCUGUUCCAGAAAGGGGAUGUGAACGGGGCCAAGGAGCAGAAGAUCUUCACCUUCCUGAAGAACGCCUGUCCCCCGGUGGCGGAGGACUUUGGGAACCCCAACAGACUCUUCUGGGAGCCUCUGCGGAACCAUGACAUCAAGUGGAACUUCGAGAAGUUCCUGGUGAGCCCCGAGGGCGUGCCCAUCAUGCGCUGGUACCAUCGCACCAACAUCGCUGUCGUGAAGAAAAACAUCAUGACCUACCUGAGGCGGCGGCAGCAGGAGAACCACGAUGAACAGCAGGACCAGUAGAGCCUCGGGCUGCUGGCAUGAGGGCCAGUAUCCCCCUGGCAGCUUCCCAUUCCAUCUCCUCCCCAGAUGUCCCCCAGCAGCAGGAAUCACGCCCUGUUCCCUCCAUUGCUCCCAUCUCUGGCACCCCCCAGUCAGGAUGCUGGGCUGAGGAUCUCAUGGCAGAGAUCUCAGUGAUGCAGUAAAUACUUGCAAUAUCCCUGUGUCCCUCCUCCACCCCUGGUGGUGACAUCCCAUGGCCUCCAGCCUGCUCCCUCCUCUCCACCAUUCCGGGCAGUGGGAGGAUGCAGGGGCUGGCUGUCCCUGGUGGAGACCACAUCUCCAUGAAGGCUUGGCCCGAAAGCCCUUGGCUGGGGCGGGCCUGGCCUGACCGUGCCGAGCAUGGAGCAGCUCUUCAGUGCAUUCAGGCUGCCCGUGGUCCUGGCACACAGAUGUGCUGCUCUCCUGGGCAGGGGUGGCCAGCCCCUCACCAACCCACCAUAGAGACACCAAAUAAAGGCUCUGCAAAUGUGCA